GAAGAAGAGGAAGCAGGCGAACAGCUAGCUUGUUUGCGCCGUUUAUCCUCGACUUUGUGCGCCUGUUUUCGUUAAAAACCGGCGCCAGCAGCGCGUGGAACGUGCUGUUUUUUUGUUUCGUGUUAGUCUUUCUGGAGCUGCGUGGGUCAUCUGAGCGCGUGCAGCGGUGAUUUGAGAUCCUCUGAGCUCAGACACGGUCAAACCUGCCCUCCUGCAGCCGAGGGUGAUGAAGCUCAUCCAGCUGCUGCUUACACCGAGAAAACCCUCAAAUAAAACUGGAAACGCCCAGAGCGUUUCUCCACAGCUCGCCAUUAUGUCCCACAACUACCCGUACAGACGGCCACCGUCUGACACUGACCUCAGACCCGAUCCUGGAUCUUACAGAUCUGUGGACUACCGGCACUCCUCAGCAGACCACGACUUUUACAGGCAGCCUCAGGACUCCUUCUCCACCUCGGCCUCCACCUCCUACACUUCGUCUUCCUCGUCCAGGGGCUCUGCGCCACUGCAGUCGUCACAGGAAGGUGUUCUGAACAUCCUGAGCAGCUGCGGUCUGGAGCCCGGCGAUCUGGCGCUGCUGGCCGAGCUACCUGAAGAUGUUCUCACUGUCGAGUCUCUGCCGCAUAUCCUCAGACAGAUCAAAUGCAAAAAAGGGACUGUCAAACCUUUCUCUUCCCGGGCUCCGUCUCCUCCCUCCUCUUCCUUCCACUCUCCCAGCUCCACCUAUCGACCUGCCACGAGCAGCUCCUCCUGCUCUUCCAGAGACUGGGACCAGCUCAACCGCCCGUCUGUCCAGUACCCGUUGGACCAUCUGCCACCGCCUCAUCCUCCUUCAGAGCAGCUCCUGGACCGCUGGGGUAAUCCGAUUACUGUGAGCUCCAGCCGAACAGCCCCGCUACCAUCAUCUUCCUCAUCGUCACCCUUGGGGUACACGGUGGACUUCCACCGUAGGCAGGGCUCCUCUGAUUAUGGUAAGACUGGUCCAGUUCCUUCUUACAGCCCGGGAAGACGAGAAGGAGCUCCGCCUUCUCGAUUCUCCGAGGCUGGACCAGCUGAUUACAGGGCAGCAGCGGCGGCUCCUCCUCCUUCCAACGAGUACAAGUCCAAAUCUCAUGCGAGCCGCCGUGACGUGUCUUCCACGAGGAGCAACCAGUCCUCGGCAUCAAUGCCUACACGGAAAGAAGCUCUGGACUUCCACGGGAAGGUCCCACCGGUGUUCCCGUACUCGUGCUCUCUAUGUGAUAUCACUGUGCUGUCACAGAAGGUUUGGAUUCAGCACGUGAGCGGCACGCAGCAUGCAGAUGGACAGCUCAGCCUCCUGCAGCAGUUUCCUAACUGGGACUGCCGCAUGCAGACGAUCCGCAGGGAUGAUAAAUCGGAGAAGAAGAAGAAGGAUGGAGGGAGAGCCGCCCCGGCAGCGAAUCAAACAGCAUCGCAGUCAAACAGGAAUUCGAAGCAGAAGAAGGCUUUGGAGAAAGGGAAAGUGGUGUGCGUGAAGUUUCCGUCUCAGUCUGUGGAUGAGACGUAUCUGAGGAAACUCACAGAACCUUUUGGAAAGAUCGUGAAGAUCCUCAUGUUCCCGUCUCUGGGCUUCGUGGAGAUGGGCUCGGUUGAUCAGGCCAAGGACUUGGUGAAGUUUCACAGCAAUUAUCCUCCAACUGUGAACGGAGAGCAGAUCGAGUUCAGCAUCUCCGACGCCUUCAACUUUCUCCAGAGCUCUCGGGUGGUGAGUUUCACGCCGGCUCCAUCAGGAGAACACGGAAAAUCAGACCUGAUCAGUAUCGUCAAACGCUUCGGCCCACCGCUCUACACCCUGUUCCUGCCAUCUAUGGCAUUUGUGGAGAUGAAGAACACUCCUGAUGCUCAGAAGCUGGUGGAUUACUAUCAGUCCAACACACUGAGGCUCAACGAUGACUUGAUCAGUGUAUCCUUCUCUGGAGAAUAUAAGACUCUCAUGCGAGUUUCAAAAGCCAAAAGGUACGAAGAAGAGAACGAAGGUACGAAUAAGAGUUCCACCAAGAGGACAAGGAGCUCGAGUCGAGACAGAGACAAAUCAAAAGAAAACAAGAAAAGAAGGUCCAGAUCCAGAGACAAGUCCAGCAAAGAGGAACGGACCAGGUCCAGGUCCAAAGAUAAAUCAAAAGAAAAAUCCAGCAGUGAGGCCAAAACUACGUCUAGAUCCCAAGAAAAGUCAGACAGAAAAAGGAAGAGCAGAACCCGGUCCAGGUCCAAAGAUAAGUCCAAUAGUGAGAAACGGACCAGGACCAGGUCUAAGUCAGGGUCCAGAGACAGAACAAGAGAAAAAUCCACCAGGGAAAGCAAGACCAAGUCCCAAGAAAAGAAGAGUGGAAGCAGAUCCAGGUCCAGAGACAAAUCAAGAGAAAAGUCCAACAAAGACCAGAAGAUCAGGUCCACAUCCAAAGCCAACUCCAGCAAAGAGAGCAAAACCAGGUCUACCACAAGCAAAGAAAGAAAAAGCAGAAGCAGAUCCAGAUCCAUGGACAAAUCCAGCAGAGAUCAGAAAUCAAGGGCUAGACAGAGAUCCACCAGCAUGUCCUCCAGGCAGGAUGGAGAAAAGACAGCAGAUCCAGAGAAACCCGAGUCCUCGUCCAAAGAUGAACCAGCUCCUCUUGAAGACUCUAAACCUGAAGUUUUAGACAAACAGCAGGAGGAGGAGGAAGCAGCGUUGCCUGGAGAGGAGAGCGACAUCGAGGGGAUGGAGGUGAUCGCUGAGGAUGGGGAGAAUCUGAAGGAUGAAGAUGUGGAGGCUCUGCAAGAGGAAGAGAAAAUCACGAGUGCUGCAGAGAUAGCACCUGAAAAAGAUGAAGCGGAGGAGGUGGCAGGUGGAGAGCCUGACAAUCAGGAGAACCCUGUAAUGGAGGAGAAGGAGGAAGAGGAGGAAGAGUCAAGGGAAGCAACAGAGACUCAGGAGGAAUCGGAGGACUUCCCUGUAAACCUGGAGAACUGCAUCACUCUGGAUGAGCUGGGAGAAGACGAGUCUGACGACCAAGAGGGAGAAUCGGCAGAUGAACCAAAGUCAACAUCCAGAUCCAGCAGAGUUUUUUACUUCUGCCACCUGCCAGCUCAUUAUGCUCUCUUUGACUUCUUCAAACUGUUGAGAAAUUUUGGGAGGGUGGUGCGCUAUUACCUCAUUGGCAACCGACGAGAGGGUUUCAUCGAGAUGUCGAGUUCUUCAGCGGCCCUGAAAGCUGUCGAAGAGCUCACCAGCAACCCAGCCAUCCACAACUGCCCCAAACUCAUCACCCACAUUUCCGCCAAAUACUACAGGCUUGACAACGGGUGGGUCGUUCACUCGGACGGCAGCGACGACGAGAAGAAUCGAAGCAGCAGCAAGAAGAAUGAAAAACAGAGCAAAUCCAAGUUGUCGGAUCAGGAUGAGAAUGACCGGAGUUCUAAAGGGAGGAAGGAGUCUCUGAAGAAGACAUCAGAGAAAUCCGGCAAAAAGACCCCGGAGAAAGAGGUAGCAUCUAAAAAGACUCCAGAAAGGGAAUCAUCGGGGAAAAAGACCUCGAAGAAAGAAAAGGACCCUAAAAACACCUUGGAAAACAAAUUCAGUGGCAGAAAGACUCCAGAGAAAGAGUCACCAUCUAAAAAAACCUCAGAUAAGGAUUCUGUGUCUGCCUCCAAAAAGACUCCGGAGAAAGAGUCCAAGUCCAAAAAGACUCCAAAGAAGGAAUCGUCGGAGGAACGGACUCCAGAAAAGGACCUUAAAAACAGCUCGGAGAAGGAAUCUGCUGACAGACUGACUCCUGAGAAAGGGCCGUCGUAUGACAAGAUCCCAGAAAACGAGAUGGUGGAACCAAAAGGGACUCCUGAGAAAAACUCGGUGCCUCUGACGACCCUGAAGACAGAACCAGAGGAAGAAAACAUUCAACAAAAUGAGGAGCUGGUGGCUGGUGAAGGUCCAGAGGAAGAAAAAACAAAAGGAGCAGCUGAAGAUCACUUCAGAAAGAAAACACCAAAGGCAGAGAAGCAGGAGGAGCAGGAAACAUUGAUGGAAGUUUGUGCAGAAGCGGGACCAGAUGGGGAAGACACAGAGAGGCCAAAUCCACCAGACACCUCCACAGACCCUCCAAAAGCACAACGUGAACAGGAGGUGGAGCCACAGGCUGGUCCUGCAGAGGGCGCCACUGAACCUCAGAAACCCACCAAACCUGUUGGGACGGAGUUCGUGCGACCGGUCGUCGGUUAUUUCUGUAACCUGUGUCAGCUGAUCUUUGCUGAUGAGGACGAAGCCAAACAGCAGCACUGCAGCAGCCCGACGCAUUACAACAAAUACCAGGAGAAGACGGGGAACGAUCCGUGGACGAGCUGAGCGUCUGUGGAGGAAUCGGUUUAACAGUCGGUCCCUUCGGAUUUUAUUAGAUCGACUUUAUGAGAGCAGAAAUCCCAGAUUUGAUUUUUGUCCUUACUCCAGCAGCCCGCUGUACGAGGUUCAAAUACUGUGUAAAUAUUUAAGUUAUAUUUCCUGUAGAUCAGAAACUGUUUUGUUUGAACAGUGAGAUGUGACUGUACGAGAAAAAUGAUGUUUCUCAGAUUUAUGUUGUGAAAUUAAAGCUGCGGUCACCAGAUUAAUUGGACUUUUCCCACAUUGACUUUUUUCAACACCUCGCUUGCUGUGGCCCUAAAACACGUGUGAUUGGUUGAAGUUUCCUCUUACAGCUGAACGCGACUCAGGAGGAGCAAACGUCACGCCACGUUCAGGCGCUGCCGGAUUAGGAAGCAGGUCUCAAGAGAUUGUAAUCUGAGAAUAUUGACAGCUCUGUAAUCUGUUUAACUCAAACACACAAUCAGAAAAAUCUAAUAAACUGUUGUUGACAAAUAAACAAUGUCAUGAAGAAAA